UACAGAACUAAUUAAUUCCAUCGUCGAGCAACAUGUCCAUCAGGAGCGUCUCGCAGGAGCUUCAGGCGAAAGCCAUCAAAGAGCUGAACGAGGAUGUGUCGAGGAUUCCCGAGGAUUUGGCCUACAUCAAGAAUUGGCUCAAGCAAACCAAGCACAUCAACGCUAGGACUGAUGACCAAUGGUUGUUGUCCUUCUUGAGAGGAUGCAAAUUCAGCUUGGAAAGGACCAAGGAGAAGCUGGAGAUGUACUACACGAUGAAGACGAUCUGCCCGGAGUUCUACAACAACAGGGAUCCGUUUUCUCCUGAAAUCCAAAAAAUCUUAAAAUCCGGUUGUUAUCUGCCUUUGCCGCAAACCCAAAGCCCUGACUCGCCGAGAAUAGUGCUUCUCCGUAACGGCUCCUUCGAUCCCAACGAGAUUAACAUAGCUGACUUGAUGAAAUCCAACAUGUUGAUCCAGGAUAUCAUGAUCAACGAAGACGAUAACUUCAUCAUUGCUGGAGGGAUUAUGAUACAGGAUAUGAAGGGUUCGACUAUGGCUCACAUGACCGCUAUGACUCCGAGUAUCGUGAAGAAGUCGAUGACCGUUUUCCAAGAAGCUUGUCCGACUAGACCGAAGGCCGGUCAUUUCAUCAACAUUCCGUCCUUCUUUGACGCGAUGUUCAACAUGAUGAAGCCGUUUCUCAACGAGAAGAUGAAGAAAAGGAUGGUCGUCCAUUCAACUGAUAACUUGGAAGAGCUGUACAAGACCGUUCCCAAAGAGAUUCUGCCGAAGGAGUACGGUGGCGAUGGUCCAACUUUGCAGGAACUUACAGAUUAUUGGAAGACUAAGGUGGAGAGUUACAAGAAUUGGUUCAAAGAGGAUGCGAAGUACAAGUCUGACGAAUCGAAGAGACCAGGAAAACCGAAAACUUCAGCCGACUAUUUCGGAAUGGAGGGAUCCUUCAGAAAGCUGAACAUCGACUGAGCUUCCCUCAUUUGUUUUCUGUUUAUAUAAAUAAAUCAAUAAAGUUUAAUCAACUACGCUGAAAAA